AUGGAUUACAGUAAAGCGGAAGAAAUAACAAAAAAUUUGAGCAGAACACAAAACAAAGUUCAUUUGAAAAGCAAGGAUACAAACGAUAGCGAUAGCGAGGAAUACGACACAGACCUUGAAGAGAACUUUACGGAGGAAAAAGAUUUCUAUAAAACACAAGAGGAAAUUUAUUUUCAAACGUGCCAAAACUUAGAUAUUGCACCAGUUUCGAGAUUUUUAAGGGAGCUCCGCUCCGAAUCAGUGGAUCUGCAGCAUUAUGGUAUUGGAGAUAAGGGAGCCAUUGCGGUUUCAUCGGCACUGGCACGAAACAUGACAGUAAAGAAAUUAAACCUUGCCGACAACGGUAUAUCCACUAUCGGAGCUGAAGCUUUGGCACUGAUGCUUAAGGACAACUGCUUUGUCUCACAGCUUGACGUAUCAGAAAAUCGAAUCGGAACUAAAGGUAUCGAGUGUUUUGGUGAAAUGUUGAAUGAAAACGACUGUCUUGUCAAUCUAGGAUUGGGAUACUGCGGCUUGCAAGAGAAAGGUAUUCCCAAACUUCUUCAAGGUGGGAGAAUUCGUCUCAGAAUUUUGAAUCUGAAAGGCAACGAACUGGGAGACGAAGGCGCUAUUAAACUGGGCUGGUUUUUGAUUUCUAAUGGCACGCUUGAGAUUUUGGACCUCAGCUGGAAUGCGAUUCAUCUACGAGGUGUUGCAGGUAUAGCAAAAGGGCUCAAGACGAACACAGUUUUGCAGCAACUUGACAUCUCUCGUAACAGCAUUUCUAAUGAAGGAGCAACUGAAAUUGGUGAGGUUCUCGCUGUCAACAGGUCGUUGCUGGUUAUCGACGUCAGUAACUGUGGAUUUAAUGAGAUAGGCGCCGAGGCAAUAUCUGAGGGUCUGUCUUGUAAUAAAAGCCUUCACACGCUGAAAAUUGGAAGAAAUCUGUUCCAUGAUUACGGUGUUCAGAAACUCCUCAAAGAAAUUCGUAAAAACACUUCAAGUGCGUUGAUGCAUUUAGACAUGGAAGACACCACGCUUGACCAAACGUGUGUGCAAGAACUUCAGUCACUGGUCAAUGAGCGGCCGGGAUUUAUCUGUCAGUGGGGAACGGUCGUCAAAGGUGGAGGCACUGUGCUCGAAAUGCCAGUGUCUCUCAGGAAAAACGCUCCUAAAACGCCCCUUGUGGUGCAAAAGUUUUUGUCUUUUGUUAGCAAACGAGGUUGGAGGCUGAUCGAUCUCUUUAGGAUUAUCACCAGGAACGAUUUCAGCGCGCUUCGGAUGACUGUGGAUAGAGAAAGGUUCGUGCAAGGUUUACAAAAGCUGGGCGUUCAUCUCAAGAGAGUUCAACUUGACGAGCUGUUUGACAUUCUCGACGCAGAUGACGAUGGCGUGGUUAGGUUUCAAGAGUUUGUGGCAAUGAAACAACAGACAAAAACCGAUGGAAACUAAAAGAUUCCCUGUGCAGAAACUCUUCGCCGCCAAAAUUUUGGCCGGAAUUGUCGAAAAAGAAGCUUAAUUUCCUCACUAUUAUAUGACAUUGUCUCAUUGGUGCAGUCAGCUGCAGAGUAGAAAAGUAUUGGCCGCGAAUUACAUAAACUAGAUAAAACAGAAAUGAUAAAAGUUUCCGAAGGAAAUCCAUAACGAAAAUAAUUCUAAAAAAAAAUUUUCUUUCGUUUUAAAACCCCUCGUUUCCCAAGCAUUCCACUGACCAUAUAAAUAUAUAAAUAAAUUCAGUCCAAAAAUUUACAUUCUUUGAAGUUUUCCAUGAAACGGAAAAUCGAGUCAUGAAAUUUUUCUUUGAUCACUGUGCACCAAAUCAUACAAAUGUAUCUUGUUCGAGACUACAGCGAAACGAGUUUAACUAAUUGAUCAAUUUCUCAGUUAUUAAACAAAUAGUUCUUCUACAUAAUAAAGAGGUUUCCUAAGUAAUUCAAAUUCCAAUAUUGUAAGAUAUUUUACGCACAGAAGGUUCCGGAAACCUUGAUUUUUUUUUUUUUAUCAAAGACAAGUUUUUGUCUCAUGUAAACAUUUAGUAUAUAAACAUCUCCACCUCUCUUUAUCUCAGAAACAGAAACAAAGUGAAUUAUUUAGCAGCUUUGUUUCAAACCUUUUGCCUCAACAAGACCCCACGCAGGGAAAUACUGCAAGGUUAAAGUAAUUAUAUUGAUGUCUGUAUUAUCAUUGAUGACAUAGUCCUUCAUACAAUAAUUAAAAGAAGUCUCUAACGAGUGUUUUAUUUUUGAGUGGUGAAUAACUCAGCAAGCUUCAGGCUAAUAUGUACUCAUUAAAUAUGGUGUUCUCCAAUCGAAGUCUACAGACACUGUCAAAAUAAAUCCUAUGUUACUAGAAGCCCUGUGACUAAGUAAUUUGUCAACGCCGCUAAGUAAACCUAUGUUACAUAAUUGUAGAAACAAAACGAAAGGAGAUUGAUAAUCUUAUAUUUGAUUGCUUGUCUUGUACUGGGGCCUUUUCGAGGGAAACUCAACACUAACACGUACCUCAGUCAAAUCUAUCUGAGGCUGAAAAUACACGUUGUAAGUAUCUUGAAAUACAUUCGUUAGCCCAGGGUAGAUAUCUCUUUUUUUUUUUCACUGUAUGGAAGCAGGAAAACAGCGAAGACAAGGUCAGUCUGCCGAUAGACGAAUGAAAUACUAAGCUUACAGAGGAGUAAUGAUGCCAAGUGAAUCCAGUCACAAAGGACAAAAAACCCCAUAACCUUUCCAUGAACUAGAAGUUGAACUAUGGAAGAAGACGAGUUUUACGACACGGACUUGGAAGACGAAAGCCCCGACGAAGAGAACGAAGGGGAGGACCUCGUCAACCUCUCACGUUCAACACAGGAAGUUUACCUUGAGGCCUGCAAGAGUAAUAACAUUGUGCCUUCAUCUAAGUUUCUUAAGCAGUGUGUGGCGAAGGAUAUCGAAUUAAACCAUUAUGGCCUUGGAGAUUCUGGCUCACGAGCUAUUAGUAUGGCGUUGAAAGGAUGUUUAAAUGUAACUACCUUAAAUCUCCAUGACAACGGCAUCAGCGACAAAGGAGUGACAUACAUUGCAAGAAUGUUGAAGAGGAACCUUUUUAUCAGCAAAGUCGAUUUGUCGGGAAACCACAUCGGCCAGCAAGCUGCAGACGAACUCGGAGACAUGCUUCUUCAGAACGACACACUGAAGGAACUAAACGUCAGCAAGUGCAACUUGCAAGGUAAAAGGAUUGCAGUGUUUUGCAACUCUUUAAGGUUAGAUGCACCAUUGACCUACUUGAAUUUAUCAUACAACGACAUCGGUGAUAAAGGAGCCACCUUUCUGGGUUCAGCCAUCAAAGUCAACGCGGUUCUUGAUAUGUUAGACGUCAGUUGGAAUAGCAUUCGUGUUCAAGGGGCUCGAGCAUUGGCCGAGGGUUUGAAAAGUAAUACUCGCCUUAAGGAGGUAAACAUUGCUUGGAAUGGUCUUCUAGACGACGGCGUUACUGCUAUUCAAGAGGCACUGUCGUGUAACCAGACGCUCAAAGUCCUGGAUAUUGGAAGUAACUGCAUCACUAAGAAUGGUGUUGCGGCCAUAGCCAAAUUCUUAAGGACAAACAAAAGCUUGGAGGUUCUAAAAGCUGGACGAAAUCCUUUCCAAAGUUACGGCGCACGCGUCCUGUUGAUGGCCAUUCAAAAGAACACAUCCAGCGCCUUAAAAGAGCUUCAACUCGAUGAUAUCGUGUUUGAUAAGGAGUGUGCACGUGAACUCGAAGCUCUCCUUGAGAGAAGGCCAUUGUUCACCUGUUCCUGGGAUAUCAGUAUAACAGGAGAACGACUCUCAGAUCAAACCAAGCGACCUGAGAUCCUGGACGUGUACUUGGCCUUCAUUCGCACGAAAGGGCUUCGUUUGAUCGACCUGUUCAAAAUUUUGUCAAAAGACCGCGAUGGUCUCAAGCUCAGUAAAGAGGACUUCGUGGUAGGAAUGAAAAAAUUAAACGCACCAAUGCAUGACGUUCACAUAAGAGAGCUCUUCGACAAAAUGGACAACAACGGCAAUGGAGUGAUCGUCUUUCAGGAGUUUGUCCUUUGGACGCGGGAACGAUAUCAACCUCAAGGGGCGACAGCUCAAGAG